GUGUGCACCUAACCUGAGAGUAACAGCUGCUGUGGCAACACGCAUUUAAAAAGGCUUCAAUUAUAUCUGUAACUUGCUCACAUAUUAUAUGUGUACCUCCACUUUGAGUCCAUGAACGAUCUCUCAAAGGACAGGUAGUUAUGCUUCGCUGGAUCUGUUUCGCUUUGAUCCUCGGUGUCUGUGUCAGUGCCGCAAAACAGAAACAAAAGAAAGUGACUCCUGUGUCCUUCUCAAGAGGAUGGGGAGUUAAUAUUAGUUGGAUCAAAAAUUAUGAAGAGGGCCUGUUGAAUAUAGCCACAAGUCAGAAGCCUCUGAUGGUCAUCCAUCAUAAAGUCGACUGCCCGCACAGCAGAGCGCUGAAGAAAUUGUUUGCUGCUGAUAAGGCCAUCCAGAAAAUGGCCAAAGAGGAUUUCAUCAUGCUCAACAUGAUAGAAGACACAACAGACAAGAAUAUGGCGCCUGAUGGCUACUAUGUUCCCCGAAUCCUUUUUGUUGAUCCAUCUAUGACUGUGCGCACAGACAUUGUAGGAAAGCACAAACUCGCCUACUCCUACGGGCCUGAAGACAUGGAAAACUUGGCCGAAAACAUGAGGAAAGCCAAAGCCUUGAUGCAGCACACUGAACUCUGACAUGGCUCAAUGCGACUUCUGGCUUCUCUCCGUCCUCCAGUCAUGCUGGGCAGCCUGCUCAGUGGUCAGCACUGACAUGUUU